UCACAGAAACCUCUAUAAAUAAGGCAUUCUUCAAGAAACUCAACAUCACUUGGAAACUCUCAAUUACAUAAUUACAACAUUUACAUCGUCGAUAAAACACUAAAACAAAAGAUGUCGUCCAUCGGAGCAAGUUACGCACCCGUAAAUCUUAUGCAGAAGAAGCUGAAGGAGAAGAUUACAAAGAGAGAAAAGGAGAGAGAAGAAAAAGAUCAAAGUGUCGCCGUCGUUGAGACCUCUUUAGCCACAGCCGGUAGGAAUUCUAACAAAGUCUACCCUUCUCGCUCGUCUUCUUAUAAUGAACAAAGCAUAAAAUCGUAAGAGUAAAACCUAAGGUUAAGGAAGGAUAUUCUCUGAGGACUGGUUCAGACAUAUGUAAUUUGUCCUUUGUAUAUGUAACAUGUAUGUAUGUGGGAUGUGUCUGAAACAUUAUCGUGGUCGUGUUUAUAUGGAAGAAAGUUAAACUCUGUCAGUGACUUAGGUGCUUCCUUAAAAUGAUCUAAUGACUAAGAAUUUUAC